ACACACACUCAAGCCGAACUGUCAAACUCGGUUCAGCAAAACUAUAUAAACACUACAUUAGUGUAGACCAUAUGAGCUAAUUCAGUAAAAAAAACACUUUCAAACUGCAUCAUAUGUCAAACAAAUACACAGUCAAAGUCAAUGGGAGCGGAGUGAAGAGAAAAAAAAGGUUGACUGAAUUUUGAUAGAGAGUGUUUCGAUCGAGUGUUUUGCAACCGCAUUAAAAAGUUAAUCGAUCCCAUUGACGGUUCAGUUAGUUUUCGACAUCGGUGGUGGAAACGUGUCCAUCAAUAUUGAGUGUACGUCGGUGUGCUGUGUCACAUACAAAUCGAAUCUCGACUGUAUUUUGUUUUGUUUUAUUCAAAAAAAAAAUUAUUGUUUUUGUGCUUUGAUUUUGAAGGAAUUGUGUGUGUUUUGUUAUCGUGUGGGUGUCACUGUCAGUGCUGUCGAAAAAGAAAGAAAAAAUAUCCGUGUCCAAAAGCAAUUUAUGAAAAGAAACGACGAAAACCAUCGACCCAAAAUGUCUUCAUCAGUGAAUUUGAGAACUAUUUAUGCAUUCGCACGCGAAAUGUAUCCAAAGAGAGUGACUACAAAUAUUCAGUACGGAACAGCCGGAUUUCGAACAAGGGCCGAUAAAUUGGAAUAUGUAAUGUAUCGAAUGGGAUUGUUGGCGACGUUGCGGUCGCGUUUGAAAAAUGGUCAAACGAUUGGAGUGAUGAUAACAGCGUCACACAAUCCAGAGCCAGACAAUGGUGUGAAAUUGGUCGAUCCAAAAGGUGAAAUGCUCGAACGAAGCUGGGAACAGCUGGCAACCGAUUUGGCCAAUGUCAGCGAUAUGGAUUUGCAAGGUGAAGUGGAGAAAAUCAUUCAAACGCACAACAUUGACAUGGGCUCGGCGUCGAGUGUAUUUGUCGGUAUGGACAAUCGAUACCAUAGCCCCGGUUUGCUGAAAGCCGUUUCCGAUGGAGUUGUUGCACUGAAAGGAAAUGUCAAGUCAUUUGGAAUUGUUACCACACCAAUGUUGCACUACAUGGUCGUCUGUGCCAAUACAAACGGCGACUAUGGCACACCAACCGAAGAAGGUUACUACCAGAAAUUGAUUACGGCAUUCCGAGCAUUGCGCGGUUCCAAUGUUGAACGUGGCAGCUAUAAAAACAAACUGCUAUUCGAUGGCUCGAAUGGCGUCGGCGCACGCAAAAUGAUUCAAUUCCUCAAACGGAUGAACGGUGAACUCAAUGUCGAUGUUUACAAUCAAGGCGAAGGGAAAAUCAAUGAAAACUGCGGUGCCGACUAUGUGAAAAUCAACCAAACUGUGCCCAUUGGAACGCCAGCCACCGAACCAUACACGCGUUGUUGUUCAAUUGACGGUGAUGCUGAUCGUAUCGUUUACUUUUUUACCGAUGAAAACAAUCAAUUUUACCUUUUGGACGGCGAUCGCAUCGCCACUCUGUAUGCUGGCUAUCUGAUGGAUCUUGUUACCAAGUGCGGAAUUGAUUUGAAGUUGGGCAUUGUGCAGACGGCUUAUGCCAAUGGCGGUUCAACCGAUUAUAUCGAAAAAGAAUUGAAAGUUCCAGUAGCAUGUGUGCCGACCGGUGUGAAGCAUUUGCAUCACAAAGCGCUCGAAUACGAUAUUGGAGUGUAUUUCGAGGCAAAUGGCCACGGAACCAUCGUCUUCAGUGAUAAUGCUAAGCAAUCAAUUCGGGCAGUGGCCGACAAUUCAGAAUUGAACGAGGAGCAAGUUGAAGCCGCCAAAAAAUUGUUGAGCACAAUAGAGGUAGUGAACGAAACGGUGGGUGAUGCAAUUUCCGACAUGUUUUUGGUGGAAAUCAUUCUACAAUCAAAUGGAUGGAAUGUAAAAGAAUGGUACAAGACAUAUGUCGACCUGCCGAAUGUGCAGAAGAAAAUCAAUGUGACGGAUCGAAAUGUGAUCACAACUACUGAUGCCGAACGUAAGGUCGUGACACCGGAACAAUUACAAGAUGGAAUCGAUGAACUGGUCGCUAAAUAUCCACGCGGAAGAUCGUUUGUGAGGCCAUCAGGCACCGAAGAUAUUGUUCGAGUCUAUGCGGAAGCUGCUUCCAAGGAGGAUGUCGACCAUUUGGCUGGCGAAGUGUCACAGUUGGUAUAUCGAUUAGCCGGUGGCAUUGGACCGGAACCACAAUUAGUAAACAACACUGCCAAUGGAUUGGCCAAUUGAAUAAUUGCUGUCAACGCUUUUAACCCACUCACAAAUUGAACCUUUUAUAAAAUAAUUGCUUCGCUUGUAAUUGUUAGACACAUGAACGUUUUCCAUUGUUCAACCUUUUUAUACUUGAACUAUAAAUUCAUUUAAAUAUAUAUUCUCUUAACCAUAUUUCAUAAAGAAAAGCAAUGUAUACCGAGGCUCAUUUGCCUUUGGAUUUUACGGUUUCGUUUAAAUUUUUUCUGUUACAAUUUAAACCCCCUUGAAAAACCAACUGAGAAACACAAAUAAAUAGACAUUGGAUUUAAAUGGAAA